UCUCAUCCUGGAAAAAUCAUGAUGUUUGCUUGCGGGGACCAGGAUUCCGGGUGUCGCUUUACUUUCCACCAUCUCCCCAAAAAAGGUUUCCCAGCCCUGGAGAGCAGGGACACCCGGGACCGCCUCCUUAAAUGGGGAAUAUUCAGAUAUGAAUAUGAUGCACCUGCAGCCUCAACUGGUCCAUGGAUGGAAGAAUCACAGCACAGGCAUUCGUAUUUGACCAGAAUUUCAAAGGCUAUCAGGAACAUGAUUUUCUUAUGGCCUUUUUUAAUCAUCCGAGUGUUAGUAGCAAUUUGAAAUUGCUUUCUGCUUCUGGACAAUGGACUACACUAGAUACGAAUGUAAGAAAAGUUGAUGUCAAGAAUGUUCCAUGUACACAAAUGUCCAUGUCAUUUUUUGACCGUUUAUACUGUGAAGGAGUUGUUCGAGAAAGUGGACAUAUUGUCAAGUGUCUUGAUGAAUACCAUGAUGACAUUCUUAUUGCAGAUGAAUUAAGAAAGGUACUUCUUUUGGAGGAUUCAGCUCACUAUGACUUAUUCAGCCCUUCAGAUCGUGAGGAGUUUCUUUUCCGUCUUUUUAAGCAUCUUUGCCUUGGAGGAGCUCUUUGCCAAUAUGAAGAUGAACUUGGUCCAUACUUAGAAACAACAAAAACUAUAUACAAAGAUCUAGUGAGUGUUCAAAAGGAUCCUGAAACACAUGAGAUAAAUAUAAUAUCUACUGUUUUUAAAGUCUGCGCAUAUGAUCCUAAUGGCCUUUGUUAUCCUUCUUCCAAUGGUCAUGAGCAGAAUUUUGCCUAUUUGAUUGUGAAUCCUUUGAAACGCUACAUCUAUGUUUUGUACCACUCUUUUGGUGGGGCUCUGUUCUGUAAUUGAUUGCUUUUGAUUUCUCAGUUAUAUUACAUGGGUUUAUCGGGAUCUUGUUCUUUUCCAUAAAAGUCAUGUUACUUUCACAUUGAGUACAAAUAUUAUUGAGUUUUCAGGCAUUACUAAUGUUCAAAAUCAUAUAUUAACAAUUAUUGUAUAAUAUAUUAUCUGAAAAUGCCCUUUGUUUUUAUUUAUUGUUAUAAUGAAACAACUUAAUAAAUUAUAGAUGUAAAAACCUG